AAAAAAAAUUGACAACAGUUGCAAGAACCUAAAACCCAAAAACUUGUAGAAUCUGUAGUUGUAGUAUUCGCCGGUGAAGAUGAACAAGAAGGAAGUGUUUAAGCUAGCUAAAGGGUUUAGAGGAAGAGCUAAAAACUGUAUAAGGAUAGCAAGAGAAAGAGUUGAGAAAGCCCUUCAGUAUUCCUACAGAGAUCGCCGUAACAAGAAGAGGGAUAUGCGUUCCCUUUGGAUUCAACGUAUCAAUGCUGGAACUCGCCAACACGGAGUAAAUUAUGGCAAUUUCAUGCAUGGGCUGAUGAAGGAGAACGUACAGCUGAACAGGAAAGUCUUAUCAGAAUUGUCGAUGCACGAACCAUACAGCUUCAAGGCCCUUGUGGAUGUCUCUCGAAGUGCUUUCCCCGGAAAUAAGAAGGCCAUAGUACCUCCAAAGAAGGAAGGACUUGCUAUUGUUCUUUGAAUAAAUUUCUUGUGUUCUGCUCUAUGUAUGUUUUUAUUCUAUGUUAGGCAUCAUUUUGUGCUAGCAUUUGUGUUAGCUAAUAACAAUGAUCUUGAAGACUUCUGUUUCCUGUUUAGUGCUUGAAUGAAAAUUUUAGAGCAA